AUGCCGCCCCGGAAGCGUCCAAGUGUUGCUGAUUCUGUUGCUUCAACAGGCCCCAGCCGGAAGACGCGAAGCAGACAAGGACUUGCAUUAGAGGAAGCAGAUGACGAAUCAAUGGCUUCUUCACCCGUGCCCGCGAGACAUUCCGGACAUCCUGUCGCACAGCGCUAUGUUGUCGCAGCGCACGAGGCCGAUGCUGAGCUCCAAGAUGAUGCCAGCAUCAUAGGAGACGGAACUAGAGCUGCAGUUCUCUUCCACGAACAAGCUUUUGAUGCUGCGAUGAUGCAGCUGGAAGCUGGUGGAUCAGAGCUGACGGAAACUAAUGAGACAGACCUCGAAAUGCUUUAUUUCGUCACUGAAGCGGAAGAUGGCCAGGUUGAAUUUCAGCUUCCUGAAACCGGGUUCAUGCAGAAGUUGUCUCGUGGUGGAGAGGUACUCGUCCCAGUGGGCGCAACCUUCACACUCAGGAACAUGAGCCCUACCAUUCCAGCUAAGCUGCUGGCAGUUGUCCCGCGAUAG